UCUAACAGCGGUGGCUGUCCCUCCGGGGCUGCAGCCACGAGUGCCCUGCGGAACUACUUCUUCCAGACCAGCCCGGGCCCCCCAUCUCCGCCUCGCCGCGCUCUCAGGCACCGAGCACUACAAGUCCCGGCAUGCCGUGAACUUGACGGCUCUCGGAGGCAGCGCCCAGCCGUCUCGACCCGCCCCUCUCAGCCCUGGCCCGGCCGCUGCCCCUGCGGCGCGUGGGUCAGGGACGCGAGCCAUGGAGGAGACGCCGCCCCCACCGCUGGGCAGCAGCAAGCCGCACCUGGAGCAGCUCACCCUGGGGACCACCCGCAUCCUCGAAUCCUCUCCAGGUGUGACAGAGGUAACCAUCAUUGAAAAGCCACCUGCUGAACGUCAUAUGAUUUCUUCAUGGGAACAAAAAAAUAACUGCAUGCUACCUGAGGAUGUGAAGAACUUUUACCUGAUGACCAAUGGCUUCCACAUGACAUGGAGUGUGAAGCUGGAUGAAAACACCAUUCCAUUGGGCAGCAUGGCAAUUAACAGCAUCACAAAACUGACUCAACUCAGCCAGUCUUCCAUGUAUUCACUCCCUAAGGCACCAACUCUGGCAGACCUGGAGGACGAUGAGCAUGAAGCUAAUGAAAACCAGCCAGAGAAGCCUCACUUUGAUUCUCGCAGUGUGAUAUUUGAGCUGGAUCCUUGCAAUGGGAAUGGGAAGGUUUGCCUUGUUUACAAAAGAGGGAAACCAGCAUUAGCACAAGACACUGAGAUCUGGUUCCUGGACAGAGCAUUAUACUGGCAUUUUCUCACAGAUACCUUUACUACCUAUUAUCGCCUGCUCAUCACCCACCUGGGCCUGCCCCAAUGGCAGUAUUCCUUCACCAGCUAUGGCAUUAGUCCACAGGCCAAGCAAUGGUUCAAUAUGUAUAAACCCAUCACCUACAACACAAACCUGCUUGCAGAAGAGACCGACUCCUUUGUGAACAAGCUGGAUCCCAGCAAAGUGUUCAAGAGCAAGAACAAGACCUUGAUCCCCAAAAAGAAAGGGCCUGUUCAGCCUGCAAGUGGCCCAAAAGGGCCCUCAGCUCCUCCCUCCACCUCUAAGUCCUCCUCUGGCUCUGGAAACCCUGUCCGGAAAUGAAAGCCCCCGACUUCCAGUUCCCCCACCAGUUCCGUAGCAAUGUAUUCCACACAGAUUCCCCGGGGGUAGUCAAAGUUUUGUAUUCUGUGUGUGUGGAACCAUCCUCUUCCAUCUGAGUGACCAGAAUUCUACGCCUUUGAUUUUCAUUGGCAUUAGCCAGAAGUUGAAAGGGUAUACU